AUGGGCACAAGAGAGGACGAAUACGAUUAUUUGUUCAAAGUGGUGCUAAUAGGUGAUUCAGGGGUCGGUAAAAGUAGUCUGCUGUCACGUUUCACUAGAAAUGAAUUUAACUUAGAGUCAAAAUCGACAAUAGGGGUGGAAUUCGCCACAAGGAGUAUAGAGGUGGACGGCAAAACCAUAAAAGCCCAGAUAUGGGACACGGCCGGCCAGGAGCGGUAUCGCGCCAUCACAUCGGCGUAUUACCGCGGCGCGGUCGGUGCCUUACUCGUGUACGACAUCGCCAAACAUCUGUCUUACGAGAACGUUGAGAGAUGGUUGCGCGAGCUGCGUGACCACGCUGACCAGAAUAUACUGAUCAUGCUAGUCGGUAACAAGAGUGAUCUUCGGCACCUCAGAUCCAUCCCGACAGAAGAAGCGAAGGCAUUCGCGGAAAGAAACGGUCUUAGUUUUAUUGAAACAUCCGCUCUCGACUCCACCAAUGUCGAGCCUGCAUUCCAGAACAUUUUAACUGAAAUCUACAGGAUCGUAUCGCAGAAGCAGAUGCGUGAUCCGCCGGAGGGCGACGUGAUCCGGCCCGACGAGCCCACCGACGUGCGGCCCUCGCACUCCGACAACGUGCGCAAGCAGUGCUGCCAGUAG